UGGGACGUGGUUAGGAGGGGCGGUUAGAGGCGAGGCACGAAUCCCAGCAGCUCAGGGCGCGGAGCCCUGGGGGAGUCCUGCCGGAUCCAGAGCAUUACCCACUGACGGUUUUUGACUAAGCCUGAAACACCCAGAACCAGAACAGAAGGGCCUGCCAGAGGAAAAUUCCAGGUUCUCAAGUGCCAAGCCUUGCUGGCCCUGUGGUCAGCCCAGGAGGCCCCCAGUGGGAUUCAAGGACUGGCUCCAUAUGGGACCAUGUCGGGUCAGGGCCUGCCCCUUCGCGUGGCCACGCUGUUGACAGGGCUGCUGGAAUGCCUUGGCUUCGCGGGCGUCCUCUUCGGCUGGGCGUCACUGGUGUUUGUCUUCAAAACUGAGCAUUACUUUGAGGAGUUAUGUGACCUGAAUGUGGGGCCGUUGGGCAAUGCCACCGGACAGGCAGGCUGCAAAUCUCAGGACGAGAGGUUCUCACUCAUCUUUACUCUGGCGUCCUUCAUGAAUAACUUCAUGACCUUUCCCACCGGCUACGUCUUUGACUAUUUCAAGACCACUGUGGCCCGCCUCAUAGCCAUAGUUCUCUACACCAGCGCCACGCUCACCAUUGCCUUCACCUCUGCAGACUCAGCCAUGCUGCUCUUCCUGGCCAUGCCCAUGCUCUCCGUUGGAGGAAUCCUGUUUCUGAUCACCAACCUGCAGAUUGGGAACCUGUUUGGCCAGCACCGCUCGACCAUCAUCACCCUCUACAACGGAGCAUUUGACUCUUCCUCGGCUGUCUUCCUUAUCAUUAAGCUCCUUUAUGAACAAGGCAUCAGCCUCAGGGCCUCCUUCAGCUUCCUUUCCAUCUGCAGUGCCUGGCAUGUUGGGCGUACUUUCCUCCUGAUGCCCUGGGGACACAUCCCCUAUCCACUGCCUGCCAAGUACAGCUAUGGCCUGUGCUCUGGAAAUGGCACCAGACAGGAAAACAGGGAAGUAACUGAGGCGGGAGCACUGGAGCUACAGUCGAAGGAAGAGACCCUGGGACCAGAGCAGGAGCAGGAAGCCCGCUCUUUCUGGAGCUACGCGUUCUCUCGGCGCUUUGCCUGGCACCUGGUGUGGCUGUCUGUGAUACAGCUGUGGCACUUUCUCUUCAUCGGCACCCUUAACUCCCUGCUGACCAACCUGGCCAGUGGGGAUACAGUGCUAGUCAGCACCUACACAAACGCCUUUGCCAUCACUCAGUUCUUCGGAGUUCUGUGUGCCCCCUGGAAUGGCCUACUCAUGGACCACCUGAAACACAAGUACCAGAAGAAAGCGAGAAGGACCGGGUCCUCGGUCUCCGCAGCGGUCCUGUGCUCCAUGGUACCCUCGCUGGCCCUGACAUCUCUGCUGUGCUUGGGCUUCGCUGUCUGUGCCUCCAUCCCCGUUCUCUCCCUCCAGUACAUCACCUUCAUCCUGCAAGUGAUCAGCCGCUCCUUCCUGUAUGGGGGCAAUGCUGCCUUCCUCACCUUCGCUUUCCCUUCAAAGCACUUUGGGAAGUUGUUUGGACUAGUGAUGGCCUUGUCAGCCAUGGUGUCUCUGCUCCAGUUUCCCCUCUUCAUCCUCAUCAAAGGCCCCCUCCAGAAUAACCCGUUCUAUGUGAACUUGUUGCUGGCGCUGGGCACUCUUCUGACUCUCGUCCACCCCUUCCUGGUGUACCGGGACUGCCAGAGGAAGGAAGGCCCUGUUGUGACCACCUAGUUCAGAAGCCCUUGCUUUUCAGCCCAGAGGAGGCUUUCUGCUAAUCUUUCUCGGCCUUUGAGGAUCCCAUGUCCAGAAAGACUUUGCCCACCCAGGCUACAUGUACUACGUAUCCAUUGCUUUUUCUUAAAAGAAAACAGACAUAUUUAACUGUCAGCUAACACUCUGAUCAGCAAGAAAAGAAUCUCAGUGGCCAAGCUGAUAUAUGUCAUACAGGCCCGAAGUGCAUGGAAGUUCUCCUUAGUUUCAGAGCAGGAAGCACUUGGCGGACUUGGCCUGACCGGCGUGAUGUGAUGGGGGAGGAGGUGUGUCACCUACAUCUUUAGGCUUUUUGGUCCUGAAGCUGGGGACCCUGCACUGCAAGUAAAUUUCUAGGUGAGGAGUGAGGUCUUGAAGGUUCUAUGUGAGUACUUCCAGCCUUCAGUGGUGGCCCCCAGCGCUCCCUCCAGGCACGGCCUUGGCUACAGAAGGGCGGUGAGCCUCAGGAGCGAGGGGCAGGCAGGGCCCCUGGGCUGACUCCCAGCUCUGCUGAUGAUGCUGGGUGACCUGGAGCAGACCCUUCUCCCGUCUGUGCAUCAGUUUUCCCAUCCGUAAAAGCAGAGGGCUUGGGAGUUUGAGGUUCUUUCUGGAGCUAAUGUUCCAGAAGGUUUUCAGAACAGUGAGACAGAGGCCCCCACAAAGGGCCUCAGGAACCAGCUGAAAUGCUUGAAGGAAGGAUUUCUGAGGAAGCCUGUGGGGGAUUUUUCCUCCUCAAGAAGGUGGGUGAUUAUUUACAUUAAGCAUUAUACAAACAUUUUCUCUGGGGAAUAAUCUUAUGGAAAAAUAA